ACACCUAGCUGACUUGGGAAGGAACUCGGCCCCAGAACCAUGCUGAGGUUGCCCCCUAUCACACAGCUGCUCCAAGCCCCCCUCAGAUGCUGGGCAGUUCCCAAGGCCCACAUCUCUGCCAAGCCGGCCAGAACACCUACCUCUCCUAUGGAGCAGGCUGUGGGGAUCUCGACCAUGUUUGUGAGCUUCCUGGCUCCAGCAGGCUGGGUUUUGUCCCAUCUGGAGAGUUACAAGAAGAGCUCUGUAGCAUGA